GGAGGAAAUAUAAGCACCACACACAACGAGAGACAGCUUUUCGUCUCGAAAAUAUCUCUCCAGUCUCCAUUGUCUGUAACCCAUUCUGUUUACGAUGUAAAGACGUAGGCAGGCUAUACAUCUUGGCCUGCACACAGAUUUAUCUAACAGCCUUUUCUCCGCCAUUUUACUCUUCUAUAUAUUUUUCUUCCUUCUUUUCUUUUCUUUUAUAUCUGCUAAACCCAUUAUCUUUCCAUACAAAAACCUCCUUUAAUAAAUUCGAAAACCCCCAACUUUCUGGAGAAACGCCUGGAAAAUCCCCACUGUUUUUCGAGAAAAUCCCUAUUUCCUCGCGACCCAAUCGUCACCAGCCUCUCAUUUGCAGAAGCACUUCACGGAUUUUGAGUCUUGAGAUAUAAGGGUUGGGUCCUGUUGGUUCAUUGUUGUUGGUUCCAAAACUUGUUGUAUUGGCAAAAGGUAAAAUGUCAAUUUUGCCAAGAAGCGAUUCGAUUCACAUCCGGGAAGUUUGGAAUGAUAAUCUUGAAGAAGAACUUGUUUUGGUUCGGAAUAUUGUAGACGAUUACCCUUAUAUUGCAAUGGAUACUGAGUUUCCGGGGAUCGUGCUUCGCCCUGUAGGACAAUUCAAGAGCAACGUUGAGUAUAAUUACCAGAACCUUAAGGGCAAUGUUGAUCUCUUGAAGUUAAUUCAGUUAGGUCUUACUUUUUCGGAUGAGAAAGGGAACCUUCCCACUUGUGGGACUGAUAAGUAUUGCGUGUGGCAAUUCAAUUUCCGGGAAUUUGAUCCCAGUGAGGAUGUGUAUGCCAAUGACUCCAUUGAGCUGUUAUCCCAGAGUGGCAUUGAUUUCAAUAAGAACAAAGAGAAGGGUGUUGAUGCUCGUCGGUUUAGUGAAUUGUUGAUGUCUUCGGUUGUGUUGAAUGAUAAUGUCCAUUGGGUUACUUUCCAUAGUGGGUAUGAUUUUGGAUACUUGCUCAAGUUGCUUACUUGCCAGAAUCUUCCCGAUACGCAGUCAGGGUUCUUUAAUCUGAUCAAGAUCUAUUUUCCUGUGCUUUAUGAUAUCAAGCAUUUGAUGAGGUUCUGUAACAGCCUUCACGGCGGAUUGAACAAGCUUGCGGAGCAAUUGGAAGUGGAGAGAAUCGGUAGUUGUCACCAAGCUGGUUCGGAUAGUUUGCUUACUUGUUGUACUUUCAUGAAACUGAAAGAGAGUUUCUUUAAUGGGUCACCUGAAAAAUAUGCUGGUGUAUUGUAUGGUCUUGGUGUUGAGAAUGGACAGGGUACAUAUUGAAAAGAGAAAAAAAAAAAAAAUACUAUAAAAAAAUAAUAACAAUGAAAACUAUUUGUUAAGAA